GGAAGAGCUGGGCCGCCGCCGGCGCGAGACUGUCCCGGGCUCUGCUGCCCGCGCGGCGGAGGAGGCGGAUGAGGGGCAGCGGGCUGGGCCGGAGGCUCCUGGCCUCGGGGGGCGGCUCGCGGCCGGGCGCGCCCUGGGGCGCUGCGCUGCCGGCCCCAAGGAGAGGUUUUGCUGCCACAGCCCCUGUGAAGUCGUAUGACAUGAGAAGAGUUGAAAUAACCCCACUGGAACAGAGAAAGCUAACCUUUGAUACCCAUGCAUUGGUACGAGAGCUGGAAGUUCAUGGUUUUGGUAAAGAACAAGCAGAGACCAUUGUAUCAGCGUUAACAACUUUGUCAAAUGUCAGCCUAGACACAGUCUAUAAGGAUAUGGUGACCCAAGCUCAGCAGGAAAUAACUCUGCAGCAGAUAAUGGCGCAUUUGGACUCUAUUCGGAAAGAUAUGGUAAUCCUAGAGAAAAGUGAAUUUGCAAACCUGAGAGCAGAAAAUGAGAAAAUGAAAAUUGAGUUGGAUCAGGUUAAACAGCAGCUAAUGAAUGAAACCAGUAAAAUCAGAGCUGAUAAUAAGCUGGACAUAAAUCUGGAAAGGAGCAGAGUGACAGAUAUGUUCACAGAUCAGGAAAAGAAUCUCAUGGAAGCAACUACAGAGUUUCAUAAAAAAGAUUCGAGUACCAACAGUGCUAUUGCAGAAAUCAGUAAUAAAAUUGAUUCACAAAUAGCCUCCUUAAAAACUCUCAUGGAAUCGAAUAAACUGGAGACAAUACGUUAUUUGGCAGCUUCUGUUUUCACUUGCCUAGCAAUAGCACUGGGAUUUUAUAGGUUUUGGAAAUAGACCCAGAGGAACUACUGCACUACAAAUAGAGGAAGAAAAGGCUGCCCACAUCAUGGAACAUCUAUUAGGUCAUACUGUGUUCACUACUGUGGAUAUUCUUAGUGCCUUUGUUCUUAUAUUAAUUCUUAAUGCGUACUAAAAAAUAUUCUUUUUAAUAAUAAAGGUCAAAAUAGUUAGGGGCAAUAAUAGGAACCUUUCCUUAACUCCUAAUGGAUUCUUCAGUGGCCUUUUUUCAAAAACCUCAUACAGAAGAAACACUGAAUCUGUGUUUAUAUAAAAUCAGAAAGUUUUUUGGCAUAGGAACCAAAGAACAUGUCCCAUGAUUCAUUUUGGAAAGGUUCUGUUCCCACGUCCCUGCCAAAGAAAAGUAUUUACCAUCUGAUGUGACCAAAUGCAAGGAGCUAUCCUGCUCUGAAACUUCUGUGCAUCUUAAACUACGGGAGCUGCAUGUUUGUGUUCCAUCCCGAUUCUCCUCUCUCCGCUGGGUGAGGUAUGUCCAUCUUUAUAAAAUUGUUAAAAUAAAGCCUUUUCAAAAGGAUCCCUUUCCCAGCAUAAAGCUGAAUCGUAUGGAUUAAAAAUGACCAGUAGCUGAAAGACUAAAAUGCCCACCCCUUCUUUGACAGUUUCCUCCACCCAUACAACCAAACAAUUUUUUAAUUCCCUUGUCUAAGGGGAAAUGUCACAUUGGCAACGUGUGUGUAAAACUAACUCCCUGAGCAAGACAAAGGUGGUGGUGUUUUUUUGACUCCUUUCCGUUGCUGGAGAUACAGAACUCCCCUAUAUGGUCCAUAUUCUUUACCUGAAAGCAGAAUCUGCCUUGAAAUGUGGAAAUGUUACAUUUCUUCCAUGAAACUGCUGAUGCUCCUGCGCCCAGAUCCCUCUGGAAAGCAGGCGAGCACCACAAUCCUUGGGAAAUAAAUUGGUCCCAUUGACUGUCCUAAACCAAACUUAGAUCAUGAUCUCUUUACCUUCUGCCAAUGGCUGAUAAAUUUCAACAUAAAGACAUGACAGGAUGGGAUGAUAUUUUUGCAGCGUUUAAGCAACCAAUCGUAUUUUAUUUAAGUCCUUGUCACAAGAGAUUAUUUUUCGUCACAAGUGUAAUUAAGUAACCGGGCUGAUGCUUAGUUCCGUUCAUUACAGGUAACUGUGUUGAGCAAAUUUUAACUCUGAGUAGUCUCUGUACAGGGGAGAGAGGUUUUGUAUAUAGUACUGUAUAGAGGCAUUUUCAGGUGACUCUAUCUUACUGUUUACAAAUUGAAUUUGCUAGUGUCCUGUGAAUUUUAUGUUCUCUGUAUGAAAUUCUGUAUUUAAACAGUCCCUUGUAGCAUAAUAAAAUUGUUACAUUGCUGUCCAAGAACUUUGAGUACAAUUUACCAAUUUGUAAAACUGAGAUAACAUCUGACAGUAAGAAUAGUUAUUCUCCUAAGAGCUGAGGCUACUUUAUUUAUGUAUUUUCCUUGUAUGUGCUCUGUACCUAGAGAAUUAAUUACUUUUUCAUCCCUUUGUAUGAUGGGUUUAGAUGUGUUACAAGGUUUUAGAGAAUCACUUGAGCCUAUUCUAAACACCAUAUUUAUAGUUAGAGGUCUACUUAAAUCACAGAACAAUCACACAUUUUUCGCAGGUUGGUCAUGGCAUAAAUAGCAAAUUUCGCAGAUGUUUAUGCCAUGACCAACCUACAGCAGAUUUCUCCGCAGUGUUUCUCAAGCUGGGGGCCGCAGCCCAAAAAGGGGUUGCAAGCCUGUUGUAGGGGGCUUAUGGUACUGCCACCCUUACUCCAGCAGCUGCCCCACCUGAAGCUGGGCGGCGGGAAAGUGGCAGCUGCUGGCUGGGUGCCCAGCUCUGAAGGCCGUUCCCUCACCAGUAGCAGCAGAGAAAUAAGGGUGACAUGGCAUUGCCAGCCUUACUUCUGUGCUGCUGGUGACAGCACUGCCUUCAGAGCUGGGUGCCCGGCCAGCAGCCACUGCUCUCCACUCUCCCUUAAGAUUGGGCAGCCAGAGACCAGUUUUCAUGGUACAUGACUUGAUUUUCAUGACUGUGAAUUUGGUAGACCCCUAUUUAUAGUAUUCAUCUUCCAGUGUACCUCAACCAUUUCCAUUUGCAGCAUCCACCUCUAACUGAUCCACUUAGGGUUCUUUGCAGUGAUUAAUACUACACAAAUAUUUGACACCAAAAAUGGCUGUGGGCAUAUCUGGUAAUCACAUCUGCAGUUCUCUUCCACAGAUCAUGAUUCAUUUGCUCUCAAUAGGUAGAACCCAGGAGUUGCAUUUCCCCCUGCCCUUACCUGCUCCUCAGUAAUGGCUAAUCAGCUUUAAGGUUUGGUAUCUGCCAAACUGGCAUACUGUAAGGAAAGAUAGUUACAUGUCUGAAUUGGGCAUAAGGGAAUCUGAAUUUAGGGCAUCUGGAAGAAAGGGCAAGUAACUCCAAGUUAGACUCUCCUCUGAAAUUGACCCAUAAUCUUUAUUACCCAAAGAAUCCUCAAAAUAGAGCAAUCAUCACCUCCUGUUCCUUAAACAUUCCUUCCCCCGUACAUGACUGUUCUUCUCAUGAAAGGCAACAUUUUUCUUUAAUUCUUUGUUCCCCCUUCAUAAUCAUUUGUUAGUCUUCCCUAAUGGCAUGGAAUUGAGUAAAUUCCUACUCUGGAAAUAUAGGUUUGUUGAAUGGAAUAUGUUAUUUCCAUGUGCAGCACUAUCAUUAAAACCAAUGUAAGUUUUGAGAACAGCCUGAUGGCAGGCUUGGGCUUAAUGGCUGCAGAGGUAAAUUGGGAUCUAGGGAGCAUUAGCUGUUUGGAAUUUUCUGUCUGAUUAUUGUAAGUUUUCUGUCAUAGAACUUCUCUUUUAUUCACCAGCUUCCCUCAGCUUUCAGAGUUGUGUUUUCUUGGCUUGUUUGUUUCUUGAUUCUGCAGAAUCUUUGUAUAUGGAGUGCUUGAGUUAAAUUUAAAAGGUCUUUCUCCACUGCUCAUCCUACUUUUGCAAAAUAAAUGGCCAUUCCAGCAAA